AUGGGAAUCCUCUGCCAGACUCUCAGCAGCAAAGAACCCAAAAAAGGUUCCCUGGGACAGCAGCAAAAGCCAGUACUGAAGGAAUCAUCUGAUGAGGAAGAGGAGCAGAAGAGGGAAUGCAGCAGUGAAGAGGAAAGAACUGCAAUUCCCAAGUAUUUCAAUGAAUCUGUUCCUGCUCUUUGCCAGCAGCAAAGAACCAAAAAAAGGCUCCAGAGGACAGCAGCAAAAGCCAGUACUGGUGAGCACCCAGCAUCCACCUUCCGUGUGUCCUCUCCAGCUGAAAAAGGAGGCCUGAAGGAUGGCACUGAAAAAUCUGGGGUGCAGGUGCUGGAAGAUGUGCAGGAGCAGCAGCUCAUCCAAGGAAGGGCAGUGCCUGUAGCACUGGGAUGGGUGCACACCGUUUACCAGAAGCUCACUGCUGCUACUGAGAAGUAUGUUUACCUGGUGGAAGAGAGGAACAAGAAUUGGAAGGCCCAGUGUGCUGCUUUAAGAAAGCAAGUGUUGAAUUACAAGACUGAGAGAGGAAAAAGAGAGGACACAGUCAGACAGCUGCAGCAGGAGCUUGCUGCUGCUCUUAAGAAGCUCUCUGUGGCAGAAGGGUCUCUUGAAGAGUCCACGAGGCGCUGCAGGACCCUGGAGGAAGCCAACCUGGGCCUGAGAAAGGAACUGAGAGAGGCUGAAGAGAAGGACACAGUCAGACAGCUGCAGCAGGAGCUUGCUGCUGCUCUUAAGAAGCUCUCUGUGGCAGAAGGGUCUCUUGAAGAGUCCACGAGGCGCUGCAGGACCCUGGAGGAAGCCAACCUGGGCCUGAGAAAGGAACUGAGAAAGGCUAAAACCAAGUGUCAGGAACUGGAAAAGCAGCAGCUUCAUUAUGAGCAUCAUAUUCAGUACUGGAUGAGUACCUUAAAGGACAGGGAUAGAGAACUGAAGGAUAAGUCCCAACAAGUACAAGAUCUCCUGUCCUUUUCUCUGGAGACCAGGGCUAGAGUAAAACAGCUGGAACAACGUGUGCAGUGCCUCUCCAUGCAAAAUAUCAGACUGGAAGGCACAGUGAAGCAGCAAAGGAGUUGGAUUGAAGCCCUUCGGGGAGACGUGGAAGCCUCUGCCUCAAAAAGAGCAGAGGAGAUGCCUGCAACCAGUUUUACAGUGCCCUCAGACUGUGGCGGCCAUUUUGAGCAUUGGUGCUGGGUAUAAUAGGAAUGAAGAGGUGAAGAGGUGGAUGCUUGUCAGCUUGGAAGACUUGAUU